UCCGAGGGCCCGGGCCGGGUCCGAGUGUCCGGCGGGGGCCAUGGAGGGGCUGCGGCGGGGCCUGUCGCGCUGGAAGCGCUACCACAUCCAGGUGCACCUAGCGGACGAGGCGCUGCUGCUGCCGCUCACGGUGCGGCCGCGGGACACGCUCAGCGACCUGCGCGCCCAGCUCGUGGGCCAGGGCGUGAGCUCCUGGAAGCGCACCUUCUACUACAACGCGCGGCGGCUGGACGACCACCAGACGGUGCGCGACGUGCGCCUGCAGGACGGCUCGGUGCUGCUGCUCGUCAGCGACCCCAGGUAAUCUGUGUUGGAGGACGUGGAGCCAUGACCGAGAGGACCAGAGGUGCUGGCUGAAGGAGCAGGCUGUGGGUGGCGGGGGACAUCUCCCAGGAGCCU